AUGGCCACCAACAAGAUGAUCAACUACCGGAUGCGCGUGACCUUGAACGAUGGUCGCCAAAUGACCGGCUCUAUGCUGGCAUUCGAUAAGCACAUGAACCUCGUUCUUGCAGACACAGAAGAAUUCCGCCGCAUCAAGCGGAAGUCCAAGAACACCGCCGGUCCCACAAAUGCCCCGCUGGUCGAAGCGGAAGAGAAGCGCACUCUCGGUCUGACUAUCGUUCGCGGAACUCAAGUCGUCUCUUGCUCCGUCGACGGUCCUCCCCCCGCCGACCCCUCGGCCCGACUUGGUAACGCCGGUCCUGGCGCCUCUGCCACUCUCGCCGCCGGUCCCGGUAUCAGCAAGCCCGCUGGCCGUGGCCUGCCCAUCGGUCUCGGAGGCCCUGCUGCCGGUAUUGGUGGCCCCCCCCCCCCUGGCGGCUUCGGUUUCCCUCCCGGUGGUUUCCCCGGUGCUCCUCCUCCCGGCUUUGCUGGACGUGGGGGUCCCCCAGGCGGACCUCCUGCUGGUUUCCAACCUCCUCCUGGCUUCCAGCCCCCUGGUCAGGGACGUGGCUUCCCUCCUCCCGGCUACGGUGGUAGGUAA